AUGGCCGGCAGCAAGUUCGCCUAUGUUCGCAAUUUCGAGCUGCCUGACCCCCUCCUGCCCGAGACGUUCAUGGUCUUGAGGAUCGAUGGGCACGCGUUCCAUCGGUUGUCCGCGGAGCACGACUUCGCGAAGCCAAACGAUGAACGCGCCCUGCAAUUGAUGGACCACGCUGCUCGGGACGUAAUGAACGAAUUCAAAGAUAUUGUCCUCGCCUUUGGCGAAUCUGAUGAGUAUAGCUUUCUAUUCCGCAAGUCCACGACGCUGUACAAUCGACGCGAGAGCAAGAUACUCAGCACGAUCACGUCGCUGUUCACCUCAUCAUAUGUCUUCAAUUGGCCAAAAUAUUUGCCAGACACCCCCCUCAAAUAUUGCCCGUCAUUUGACGGGCGCAUAGUGCUUUAUCCAUCGAUAACGGCCGUACGCGACUACUUCUCAUGGCGACAAGCAGACACGCACAUCAACAACAUGUACAACACCGUAUUCUGGGCGCUGGUUUUGCAGGGUGGGCAGACCACUACGGAGGCGCAUGCCACCUUGAGGGGCACCGUAUCCGCCACAAAACAUGAGAUAAUGUUCUCGAAGUUCGGGAUCAACUAUAACGAUCUCCCUGCCAGGUUCCGCAAAGGAAGCAUCCUGGUUAGAACCGAGACGGAACCAGGGGAAACGCAGGAGCCUUCAGCUCCAUCGGUAGUGGGUCCCCAAGUUCAAACUUCGAAAGGCAAGAAAGAGAAGAAAGCGAAGAUACGAGUCCGCACUACAGUAGAUCUUGUGCACUGCGAUAUCAUAGGCGACGAGUUCUGGACCUCUCGGCCGAAUAUAAUCGUUGACUGA